AGUCUUAUUGCAAACGUUGAACGGAGCGGUUCGUUGUUUUUUUUUUAAUCGUAAAAGCAAACUCGGUCGAAUAUAUUUAAAUAUUAAACAAUUUAUAUGAAUCACUUAUAAAUUUUGUUAAAUAUUAUAUAAAACAAAAUAUUUAUUUAUUUAUAAAAAAAUAUAUAAUAAAAUGAAAUUAUUAAUUAAAAUUAAACACCUCUUUGUAGAGGUUUUACUAAUAAUUUUAUUGAUCAAUUUGACAAGCUGUCAUAUGCAAGAGGCGUCUACCACAGCGCCCGCCACCCAGACACACUGGCAAAGACCAGUGCAGCACACAACGCGCAAUACGGUAACGCGUUGGAAAGUGAAUCAAACUCCUUCAACAUCGUCUGUCUCAACAUCCCAUAACUGUGAUUAUAAAGAAUUAAUAACGAAUUUACAUGAUCGCAUUAGCUUAUUGGCCACCGUGGAUGAGGAUUUACGCAAACGAUUGGAUAAUAUUGAAAAGAAAAUAGUACAAUUUGAAUCCAGUAACUUGGCUCGCAUGGAUUCGCUGGCGGUACAACAGACUGACUUUGGUAAACGUAUGGAUGUCACGGAACAUAUACAACGUUUAACACGACAUGGCGUUGAUCAAUUAUUAGGUGAAUUCGAAGAAUAUAUGAAAACACUAAAUCACACCCACAUCAUAACCGAUAAUAGAAAUCAUUCAAACGACAAAACAGAUAAUGUAGAUUUAAACGUUUUACGUAAGGCCAGACAAACAGACCAAAGACCCCAACAACAGCAGCCUCAAACCCAAUCUCAAGUGCCACAGGGUGUAUUUUCGAUUAGUGAUUCACAAAAAUUAGAUGCUUUGGCAACGUUGCUGACAUCCACUAGAGUUGCUGUAAAUGGCUUACAAGCUCAAUUACAAGCAAAUGUCACCAAAUUGAUGCAAACAACUGGAAAUCUACAAAGAAGAUUUAACAACCUCUUCAGAAGACAACAAAAUCAAGGAGGCCUAACACCGUUGGUACCCAAUUUCUAUGCUGCGGCCGGUAGUGGCCAACAAUUAACUACUAGUUGUGCUCAAGGUGUAGCAGCCACCAAUGGCAUUCUAAAACUACAAUUGACACCCAACUCUGAUCCUUUUUAUGUGGCCUGUGAUGAUGAACUCUUGGGCGGAGGUUGGACUGUUAUAAUGAAUCGUUUUAAUGGUGAUAUCAAUUUCCAACGUGGCUGGUUAGAAUAUAAACAUGGUUUUGGCAACUUGGCUGGUGAAUUUUUCAUUGGUCUCGAAAAAUUGUAUGCUUUGACUGCUUCUAGUGUACAUGAGCUGUUAAUUACCUUGGAAGAUUUUGAUAAUAAUCGCAAAUAUGCUCGCUACAAUUUAUUUGCCAUUGGCAAUGAACAAGAAUCAUAUGAAUUGAAACUUUUGGGCAAAUAUGAAGGAGAUGCGGGUGAUUCAUUCAGUUAUCAUGCUGGCAGCAAAUUUUCUACAUUCGACAAUGACAAUGAUGGUUGUGUCGAUUGUAAUUGUGCUCAAUCGCACAAAGGAGCCUGGUGGUAUAAUUGGUGUGAUCAAAGCAAUUUAAUGGGUCCUUAUCAUGAUCAAGAUUUUAAUAAAAUCGAACAAUACCGCGGCAUGUAUUGGCAAGAUUGGUUGGGUCCUAACUAUUCCCUAAAGGCUGCCAAAAUGAUGAUUCGCCCUUUGAAUGUAGAACAAGAUGCUAGACGUUAAUUGCAUUUAAAGGAUGUUUUCCAUAAAGUACUUCUUCAGGUUUAACUAUUAUCCUGCUUGACAUGAAUAACUGUGUGUAUGUGUUCAUAGUUUACAAUUAUAAUUGUAUCUAUUUUUUCGUCGUAUUCUAUUUGUAAAAUUUUCUAACAAUUUUUAUAAUUAUUUUAUAAGUAUGUCAACCAUCACAUGGUAUUCAUUUGAAGUAAAAUUCUUAGUGGGUCAAUGUGCCAGUUGUGUGUGUUUAUUCUUAAAUUAAGUAUGUGUUGCAUUUGUAAAUUGUAUUUAUGUUUUCAAUUUAAAAGUAAUAAUAAAUUGUGCAUUUUUUAUGAUUUUUUUCUUA